GUAUGUGCAGGUAGGAAGCCUGAUGUGAAGAGGCAGGUGUGAGCAGGGACGGCUGGAUUCGUGCAGGAUGGAUGGAUGGCAGAGUAGUUAGCGUGGUCAGACGGGCCAGGUCAGCAACGUGCGGGCAGCAAGGUACCGAAGGAGCAGGCAGAGAAUGGUCAGGGUCACAAGCUGGAUUCAGUAACUCACGGGCAGCGCGGUACAAAGGAUCAGGCAGAGAAUGCAGAGGUCAGGAUCAGACAGGCAGAGGAACAGGAUACACGAUACAGGGGCUCAUGGGAAAACAUACACCAAGGCCCUGA